AUGGCACGACGGUUAAGAUUGCAUUUUGCUACUCAAAGAAGCAACACAGAUCCGUUAUCGGAAACAUCUGAAGAUGUUUUGGGUAGUAACAACUGUAUAUACUUCAAAAAAUUGCAUAAUUCUGCACCCAGUGUUACACAAAUGAAACUGACUCCUAGACAAGUUGCUUAUGCACCUGUAAUGCAACAAGUAAUUAAUCAAGAGGAAAAUGCGACUAUUUCUUCACUGCAAAUAAAAAAGAGCACCUCACUGCACAUUUCUCUACAGUCUAGAAAGUAUGGUGAAUGUUUUCGGUCUGGAGAUGCGGUAGCUACUGGUGAAGACACUUCAUUCAUUGGUAUUGGUAAUGAAGGAAAUUGUGGUGCUAGAAGUGUGGUUGAUCAUCGAUCUAAUGUUGGCCUUCUCAGCAAUACUGCUCUGUGCACUGGCAGUCUUAGCAGUAUUGCAGCCAGUGACAGUGGAUCGUUUAGCAGUGCUGGCAGUGACUACGGAUCAUGUGCAAGUACCGCAAGUGAUGGAGGUUCAUAUAGUAACAGUGUCAUCAGUGACAGUGGUAGUGGCACUCUUUCAACAAGUGAUGGUACUUUCUGUAGUAGUGUUGUACAUGGUGAUUGUUCAUAUAGAAGCCCUGCAAACAGAUGUAAUCCCUGUAGGAACAACUCAUCUCAGGAAACUCUGUGUAGAAGUAAUACUACUUUUGACCAAGAUGCUUUAUCAGUGAGGAAGAAAACUAAAAUUCCUCUGCGACGUUGUUCAUCACUGGUUAUUUUCCCUAGGAGUCCUUCUAGUACUCCUCCGGCUUCUCCAGUAAGCUCAGGUCAACUACCACAUAGAGGUGCCUAUCAAACAUCCCAUAAAUUAAUUAUUUCUCCUAGUGAGCUGGCACAAAAAGAAGAUCAAACCAUUUCCAAGGGAUUCCUUUCAACAGCAGUCAAUGGACUUCGACUGUCUAAAACACUUUGCUCUUCUGGCGAAGUCAGAGACAUUCGACCACUUUACCUGAAUACAUCAUUACAGGACAAAAGUCAAAUUUUGAAUAGUUCCAAGCAGGCAACUUGUGAAGAAGUAUCUGAUGGCUUCUCCUGUAUUUCAGUUCAUCUCACCCAAAGAGCAUUUGCAUCGAGCCGUGAAAUGGUUAAUGGCUGUUGCAGUCCAGAGUUAAACCUGAACUCCAGUGCAAAAUACCCUCAUUUAAGACUGGCACGUAGCACAUCUGCAUGUUUGCCAUCAAAAACAGAUUCAGAAUAUCAGAUUAAUAUAAAUGAACUAGAAAGACCAAAUGCACAGAUGAGCAAAACACACCAUGUUUUGCAAAGAAGUGUUUCGCUGGAAGGAUCACGUCAAAAAGUUUCUUGCUGUUUAUCCAGCCUUAAAUGCAAGUGUCAUAGUGCCAGGACGUCUCAGUUGCACAUACAGUUCAAACCUGGGAAUGAAGGAAAAACAACUGGUGUUAAGAAAAGAUAUGGAACCUCUAAAAGGGAAAUGUCUAGCACUUCUUUGUGGAGGCCCCAUAAGACUCGAGAUGAUUUUCUUGGGCAAGUGGAUAUCCCUCUUUAUCAGUUACCGACAGAAAAUCCAAGUAUGGAGAGACCAUAUACAUUUAAGGAUUUUGUUCUUCAUCCAAGAAGCCAUAAAUCAAGAGUUAAAGGCCACCUUAGAUUAAAAAUGACUUACUUACCUAAAAGCAAUGGGUCUGAAGAAGAAACCACAGAACAGGCUGAAGAAUUGGAGCCUGGGUGGAUUAUAUUGGACCAACCAGAUGCUGCUAGCCAGCCACAACAGCAGCAGCAGGAAUCUCCUCCACUGCCUUCAGGCUGGGAAGAAAGGCAAGACAUCCUUGGCAGGACCUACUAUGUCAAUCAUGAAUUCAGAAGAACACAGUGGAAAAGACCAACUGCUCAGGACAAUGUAGCUGUUGCAGAUAUUGGUAGUGUGCAGCUGGAGGCCCAGCAUGUGUUUACUCAUCGGCGACAGAUAUCAGAGGAUACAGAAAAUCUAGACAACAGAGAUUCCCCUGAGAGCUGGGAAAUUAUAACUGAAGACGAGGCGACAAUGUAUAGCAAUCAGAACCUUCAAAUACCUCUCUCACAGAGUAAUUGUGAUAUACAGACUCAUCUUGCAGAAGAAUUGAACACCAGACUUACUACCUCUGGAAGUUCAGCUACUGGCCAGUCAGCAGCCUACACCAACCAUUCCAGUAGAAGAGGUAGUCUGCAAACAUACAGAGUUGAAGAGCAGCCUGCACAUCCAGUGUUACUGCCUACUUCAUCUGGAUUACCCCCAGGCUGGGAAGAACGACAAGAUGAAAAAGGGAGGUCAUAUUAUAUAGAUCACAAUUCUAGAACCACUACCUGGAUAAAGCCAGUUGUACAGAUCGCUAUGGAAACAGGUCAGUUGUCAGCUGUGCAAAGUAUUUCUAUAGGAAGACAACCACAAGCAACAUCAAGUGAUUCAUCACAACAGUCUUCUCAGCAACAGUCUGAAACGGAGCAAGGAUUUCUCCCUAAAGGCUGGGAAGUCCGACAUGCACCCAAUGGGAGACCUUUCUUUAUUGACCACAAUACCAAAACUACAACAUGGGAAGAUCCAAGACUGAAAAUUUCUGCUCAUCCAAGGAGAAAGACUUCCCUAGAUCCCAUAGACCUGGGCCCAUUACCACCAGGGUGGGAAGAGAGAACUCACACAGAUGGAAGAAUAUUCUUCAUAAACCACAAUACAAAGAAAACACAAUGGGAGGAUCCUCGACUGCAGAAUGUGGCAAUAACUGGACCAGCUGUGCCUUACUCCAGGGACUAUAAGCGGAAGUAUGAGUUCUUCAGAAAGAAAUUGAAGAAACAGAGUGAUAUUCCAAAUAGAUUUGAAAUGAAAAUUCAUCGCACAACAAUCCUUGAAGAUUCUUAUAGAAGAAUUAUAGCUGUAAAGAGAGCAGAUUUCCUUAAAGCAAGACUUUGGAUUGAAUUUGAUGGCGAAAAAGGUUUAGAUUAUGGAGGAGUGGCCAGGGAAUGGUUCUUCCUUCUCUCUAAAGAAAUGUUUAAUCCUUAUUAUGGAUUGUUCGAAUAUUCAGCUACGGAUAACUAUACUCUGCAGAUCAAUCCAAACUCUGGACUUUGCAACGAAGAUCAUCUCUCUUAUUUCAAGUUUAUAGGCCGUGUAGCUGGAAUGGCUGUUUACCAUGGCAAACUCUUGGAUGCCUUUUUUAUUCGUCCCUUUUACAAGAUGAUGCUCCAGAAACCAAUAACGCUUCAUGAUAUGGAGUCUGUGGAUAGUGAAUAUUACAAUUCUCUGAGAUGGAUUCUUGAAAAUGAUCCAACAGAACUGGACCUCAGAUUUAUAGUUGAUGAAGAACUUUUUGGCCAGACCCAUCAACAUGAACUGAAAAGUGGUGGAUCAGAAAUAGUUGUCACCAACAAGAACAAGAGAGACUAUAUUCAUCUUGUAAUUCAGUGGAGAUUUGUCAGCAGAGUACAAAAACAAAUGGCAGCCUUUAAAGAGGGUUUUUUUGAACUAAUACCGCAGGAUCUGAUUAAAAUAUUUGAUGAAAAUGAGCUAGAGUUAUUAAUGUGUGGACUGGGAGAUGUGGAUGUGGCUGAUUGGAAACUACAUACGAAAUACAAAAAUGGCUACAACAUAAACCAUCAAGUAAUACAGUGGUUCUGGAAGGCAGUCUUAAUGAUGGACUCUGAAAAGAGAAUAAGAUUACUUCAAUUUGUUACUGGCACAUCACGCGUACCUAUGAACGGGUUUGCUGAGCUGUAUGGUUCAAAUGGACCACAGUUGUUUACAGUUGAGCAGUGGGGUACCCCUGAAAAACUGCCGAGAGCUCAUACCUGCUUUAAUCGUUUGGAUUUGCCUCCGUAUGACUCGUUUGAAGAUUUAUGGGAUAAACUUCUUCUAGCGAUUGAAAAUACUCAGGGUUUUGAUGGGGUUGAUUAAGACAUGGACAUAAAUUGUAUCAGUCCAGUGCUGCAAUUUAAUUUUAAGGGUUUACAAGCAAAUUUGAAUUUUCCAGGGACUACC